GGAAUGCCGCGGCGGACGAGGGUGGAGGUAGGCGCUCCUUUCAGCAACGACUGCAAGGCCUGCAGCAUGAACAGUUUCUCUUUUUCUGGAGAGCAAUUCUCAGAUGGAUCGUGUUUGACGUGGGCACUAGGCUCAAAUACGUUUUGCUUCUGCUGCUUUUGCAUCUGCAUGGUAAAAAUGGCCCUCAUAGUAGUGUAGCCGCAGCUGACACGAAUUACACAGCGAAAGAUACAGAUUCAUCUGCGGCGGAGCAGGCGCAAGAUUUGCGAGGCCUGCACACCGAGGUCCUCCGAUGUUACGAGGUAGCACUGUCAACGCUAGUGCAAAAAGUUGGCACACUAUUGAGUUACCGAAGUGCUGAGCAUCAGCUGCUGUACUAUAGCGAUUGGCGCGGCAUUCUCGACCUGACCUCCGGCGAAAUGUCGAAUCUGAAUCGCGUCACCCUGCAACCUCUUUUUGAUUUUGCAUCGACUGCACUGGCUGUGAAAACUUGGGAGGCGUCGGGUAUUGUAAAGACAACAGUAUCAACCACUGUCUCGCACCAGCCAAACCGCUUGAAUCCUGCCCUUGACCCACCGCAACAGGCAUCAGACAAUCUGACCCUGGCGCGACCGGCUGUUGACGUCGUCGCGAGCCUGCGAGCGAUACUGUAUACGCAGUCCAAGAGCAUAGUCGAGGAAUUCCACCAUCGAAAAGUUGCCCACGUCCAGAUGGUGUUGGCAGAGGAGAAGUGGGAGCGCUGUGACGCAACAAAGGAGCACCGAGCUUACGUUAGGUAUCUCACAGGUGAGACUGAGGAUAUCACCUUUUCGCCUCGCGGUAGUCAAGAGCGAGCGACUCCAAUACCUAGUGGAACUGUGGGAACUGUUGCUCCUGCGAAACAUGCCCUGAAAUUGAUUAGUUCCUCUUCCGCGUCUGGCAAUACGGCAGCGCCAGUGGACAGUGGACAACAAGCAGCAGGAGCGACACAGGCUCAGGGGAGAAAUGAGCAGGCUGGGGGAUCUUCUUCGAGCAGGGCUCCAAAUGCCCUCACUGUUGACGCAUCGGAAGUACAAGAAGUGCUAAAUGCGCUAAGACCUGAUGGGAGUACUGACCAGGCCGGUGGGGGUGAGUCGACGUGGCAGAAUGACUACUCAGAAAAGUUUUUGAAGGUUGAGCGCAUUAACUUCCUCGUCGUUCCUAGUUCUCUGAUGUUGCUGAAAAUAGCACACGAGUAUCUUUGUUUAUGUCGUGCACUUCAGUCCGUAGCAGUCGAAGCAGUACAACGCCUGACGCAUCUCUUCAAGCUCUUCAACCGGCAAAUGCUGCAGCUUGUCCUACAGGGUGAAGCCAAAACAAAUCGGGUGCUCUUCUCUUUUUAGUCUUCCGAUGUAGUCUGAGCGUUGUAUGAAUUACUUACACAACCGCUCAAAAUCAUGCUUGACGCUGCUCUUGUGCUUUUCUUGAAGUCCGGCCGUGUAUAAAGAGGUAUCCCUUGUGUCUCAUACUCAUUUCAGGUGUUGAAGAAAGUUACUGCUACCAACAUUGCGUUGUGCAGUCAAACUUGCGGGAUGUUUUCCGCCUUGGCGCCAAGGCUUCAAGAACAGCUGCAGAUUUGCCUACACAUUAACGAAGAUGAUAGCAAAAGCAAGGCGGACUCGAUUAUAAACCGGACACGGACGGCGCUUCUCAACGACUUUGGCUCCAUCGUGCACGAUUUUCAGGAUCACCAUGGGUUCGUUGAUUUACUAAUUCUUGCCAUUUUUGUCAUUACUUGACAAUACUUUUAUUUCGAAUUCGAUUCACAUAAUUUGCGAUUCCGCGAUGAAUUAGAAUCUACUUACUUCAAGUUUGAAUCUUUGUCACAACAGGCAACUCCUGAAAAAAUUGUCGGAGAUUUUGGAAGGGAGGUAUGACGUGCAUGCGAAAAAGCUUUUCUCACAGGCGCACCCUUUGCCGCCUAGACUUGCGAUUUUCGAUAAAACAGCGGACACAACCUCAAGUAAAACUCCCCCGGCCGUUACUACAAGUACGGCUACCUCUAGUAGCGAAAGGACACCCCUACACGGUCCUGGGCACGAACCAAAAUCACCACCUCCACCGCCUGAAGCGCCUUCGCCUUCCCUAGUAGCAAGUAGCUCAUCGGCAUCUGAUCUGUCCUCGACAGCCAUUGCACCUAGCGACGACGCUGUGAAACUACAAAAAACUGAUGAAGCCACCUCCUCCAAACCCAAAGUAGACGACGUGAUGAAUAAAGAAGAGCAAAGUCAUUUGCUAGUACAAGCACAACGCCCAACAGAAGAAGCUCAAGCGGCUCCUGAAGCUAUUACACCUGCCGCAGAUGCUGUAGACGCGGCUGCGCCAGAAUUUACGCAAGGUCUUCUUGCAAUCGGGGUCAAGAAACAAGACGAAGACGAAAAAGACGCUGAAGAUGUUGAGGUAGCACCCCACGAGGCAUGCGCGGGUUUGAUUAAGGAUGUGAGCAGCAUGUAUCGCGUACUAUUGAAGGUGCUAUCAGGUGAGAAUGUGAAAAAAAUCUUCGCGCGCGCAUUCGAGAACAUGAGUGAAAAAUUCGACAAGACGCUCACUGAACUUGCUAAAGACGCAGAGUUUGCUAGCCGCCUGAACCAGCUGGCAGCGGAGAUGCAAGAGGAAGGGGGUGAAGACGGAGACAGGGAGCAACCAAUACUAAACGCAAAUAGUAGUACCUCAUCAAAGCUAGUGAAGAAGAUGGCUGGCGAGGAGGGCGCACCAUCAGGAACAGACGCAGAAGCCUCUGCCUCCGGGGUUGUGAUGUCAUCAGCAGCCAGAACACAAAAAAACGGAGUGUAUACUUCGGAGUAUCCUUGGGGUGAUAGGCUACUCUACGACGUAGAGCAUAUUGCGGCUGAGCUAACCUCACUCACAGUAAUUGCAGCGCCUGUUCGAGAAUGGAUUAACCAGAUGAUUCUCUACGUGGAAUUACGGUUGCACCCUGAUGCCGCAUUUGACCCUGAAAAUGUGCAGGCUCCGCAGCACUCAACAAUCUCGAGAAUAAACAGGAGUAGAACAGCGAAUAGCUCGUCAACGAAGUGAUAGUGAUUUCUACCGUUACAGGUGAGUCCGACGAGUGACGAAAAAGUCGAUGCUGCCGGUCGUUUACUUGUUCUAGAAAUAGCACAUAAAUCAGAGGUAGCGCGUCGUAAGCUUGGCAGCAGACAUAUGUUUACAACAAAAGUCAAAGUUUUAUUUUCUGUAACAUCCUAGCGUCCAGUACCUACCGAUGAGUAUCUUUUUCAGCAUGAUCGAUUAUAACACCUUGGCCUGUAGUAACGGUGAGUGUGAAAUAAAUGAGUUGUGAGCCGCAGCUCAAAACGAAACUACUUAAUCAAUUUUCUCUACGAU